AUGAGCCACCAAUGGUCUACAGAAGAUUUUUGCAAUGAAUUGGAACAUGUCUCCAAAUUGCUGGAAGCCAGGCCUGGGUCCCAAGUUGGCAAAGCUGCUUUGGAAACUUUGAAGCAAAGGCUGCAUGGAGUGACCUCUUGGACACCCAGUGCUUUGUCUGGCUUGUAUGAGAAAGUCACUGAAGCCAAUUUGCCUGAGAGUUUGAAGGAUGAUGUGAUGAAUGAGAUGGAUGCCCUCAGUGCUUCUGGCCAAAGUGGUUUGCAACUUUCCCAAAGGCCCCAAAGUUUGCACAACCUGCCACCUUACCUGACCAGCAAUGAUUGGUUGGCUUUGGAGCAAGGCAGCAAUGUGGAUGGGCAGAGGGUCAUUUGUGAAAGACUCAAAAGCCUUGGGAUGAGGUCAAUGAAAGAGGACACCAAAAGGAGUGCCAUGGGAGUCCUGCUGCAUGUGUUAGUGAAUCUGCAGCACCAGCCAAUGCCAAGCCCAUGGGCAAUCUACUGGAUGGUCCAAGACUUAACCAAAACCUUUGGUCACUGUGCUAACAAUGACCUCCCUGGCCUCAAGGUGUACCCACUCUCCCCCAGUCAGCUCACUGCUGCUUUCAAGGAGAAGGCUUAUGGCAUUGAGCAGCCUGCUUUGAUGAAUGUUUCAUUGGCAGCCAUCUACCCCAAGAUUCCCUUGAGGAGCACUUCCAACUUGUUGACUGGCAUCCCAAAACCCCAGAGGAGUGCACCUGCUCCACAGGCUGCACUGGCAGAUGGUGGCUUUCAGGAGAAGAUGGAGAAGUUCAUUGACCAGUACAAUGAAGACAAGGAGAAAGCAGAACUGAAGCAAAAAGCUGGUGGCAGUGGUGGCACCAGACUGGCAUUGCAGGAUGUACCUUCCCCUGCAAGUGCUGCUCAGCCCUUGGCAUUGCCCAAUGCUCCUCCACUUCCAUGUGCACCACACCAGGUGAAUGAUAAGCCUGGGUUGGAAGACUUUGAACAAAUGGCCCAUGAUGCUCUCAGUAGCAAGAAAACUCGCAAAGUGAUGAAGAGACCAGCAGCAUCUUCAGCUUCUUGCAGCAAUGGCCAGGAGAAGAAGAAGACUGUGAAGAAGGACAAUGCUAGCACUCCCAAAGUCUUUGGCUGCUGCAGGUGCAGGGGAAACCCCAAAGGGUGUGAAAAGUGUCGAAGCCCAGGCUUCAAGGGACAGAGAUUCAAUGGAAGGCAUGAGUGGAAUGAUAUGGCAGCCAAAAAAGGCUGGAAGUGA